AGGGUUUUCGUUCUCCCCAAGUUGAGGAACCACCUCCUAUUUCUUCUCCACGUGCUGCGACUCUCGUUAUUUGAACUAUUCCACGUUCUUAUCCUUAUUUUGAAUCCUUAGAGCUGAAUGAUGGACUCUUCUUGGACUUACGUUCUACUUAACGAGUUUAGUGGGCUUCAAUCCGUAACCUUAAUAUAUCUCGGGUCCAACAUUUGCCCCCAAAUUUAUAAUGUUGGCGAAUUUGACGCGCGGUGUGAGCCAUCAUUAUGAAUUUUGAAUUCUACUGGAACACUCAACCGACCUCCCACUGCCCGAGGAACUGCCUCGUCUAUAUCAAAUCAACAAACCCUUCCAUCGUUUCUCUUCCAUCAUCACCUCUCUGACUUUCUCUGGUUCUUCACCGGACUUUGCGCUAAUCUUAUUCAUGGAGCUCACCGUCUUCAAAAGCCAAGACGUUUUCGAGACCAAGAACCUCCGAGCAGCCGACUUGCGAGCUAAAGAUUUAGAAGAAAUUAGGUCCUCCUAUGGAUUCCCUCCUUCGGCUCGAAUCCGGUUCCCAGCACGAGGAGAACGAGUAGAUUGGGUCUCCCCGGGAUGGCUCAACUUCUAUCAAUACCCGUUCGAAAAGCUCGGAGUCCGCUUUCCUUUCUCUGAUCUAGUAAGGGGCUUCAUUGUCCGUGCCCAAAUCUCUCCCUGUCAAAUUAUGCCCCAAGCCUGGCGGCUUCUCCGUUCUCUGGAGUAUCUGAUUGAGAAGCAUAACCUUCAAUACUCAGCGGAAGAUAUUAGUUUCUCAUACGAUCUGAGGACCUCUGGGAGAGGACGAUUCACUCUAGUAACGAAGGCCAGGGCUGACCCUAUCAUUUUGGGGAUAGGCAGCGCCAAUGACCGAGGCUGGAUCACCAAAUUUUUCUUUGUGGAGAAGGCGUCCCUUGGAGAAUGUGUGAAUUCGUUCCCUGACCGAUUGAGGGUUGUUGGCGAGCACUUGGGUGAAGCAAAGGUAGAUGAAAAGAAGGAAAAGAAGAAAGGGAAGGAUGGGGAAAAAGAAGGGAAAACAGUUCCAAUGGAAUUUGGCCCGCACUCCGAAGAAAGAACCACUGCAUUUCUAGCUUUAUCUCCUGAAGUCCGUCUGUACUCAAACCUCAAAAAAGAAUUUAGAGUUGUAUCAGUUGAUAGCACUGAGAACAUUGAAGAUGACACUGAAAGUGCCACUGCUACUGAUGGUGUGUCCAUUACCGCUGUCAUGACGGAUUAUACAUCUGAGGCACGCAAAGGUAGUUACUCAAGACCGGUUAUGGGUACCUCCUCUUCUUCUGGAAUUCGCAAAGCCUUGGACACUGCUGAGCUCCUGAAUCUGAUGUCUAAGAAGAAGAAAAUGUCGCCCCCACUUCCUCCAAUUACUAGUUCUGCUGCCAUGACGACUUGCUCGCUUCCUGCUCCCGUUUCAAGCGCAAGCGCUGAUUUGAAAAAGACGACUCUCAUAGCCGAUUUUUCUGCCAACUUCUGCCGGCUGGAUAAUGCUUUAGAGAUGAAGAAAGAAGUGACACAGUUGUUGCUCCCUUCUGCGGUUGACGCUUUUGCUGGUUUCAGCGAUGUGGAUAUUUUGGCAGCUUCUUCUGCAUUUGCAUUUCAGGUGGUGCAGGCUAAUCUGGUGGCAGCUAAACGCGUGCAGUUUCUAACUGAUGAAUUGCAGAAAUCCAAAAGGCGGGAAGAGGAAGUGAAAAAGACGUUUACCGAAGUUGCCUCUUCUAAGCUGGAACUGGAGGGGAGGAUAGUAUCCCAAGCACGCAUGAUCGAGAGCUUGUCUGACAGAUUGAAAGGCAAAGACGCCAGGAUUGCAUCUUUAGAAGAAUACGGCAAGAAAAAGAGACAGGAAGUUGUCCAAGCAGCCGGUUACUACACUUGGCUAACUAGGAAGGAUCUAAUGAAAUCGUUUUUAGCUGGCGAGUCGAGCAACUGGAAUCCUCAGCAGGACAUAGAUACUUGGGAUGCAAACUUUGCUGAUGAAGAACCUCCUGUUGGGGAUGACGACUUUGAUUUAGGACCUUACAACGCCGAGGCGGAGUCAGCUCCUAGGUCUUAAUUCUUUUCUGCUAUGCUCAAACUAUCGUUAUCAUGUUUUAAGUAUCUUUUGUUUCGUCCAGACAUCUUUUCCUUGCCAGUCUUUAGUGCCAACCACAUCGCCCGGUGGUUU